AUGAAGGCGAUGAAGCGUGUGAUGCUGUGUCGCUAUCUGAUGGUGAGCCUGCUCUCUGUAGGAUGCUUCGCCACCGACGCGCACUCCGCGUCUCGGGAAUCGUGCGCUUCGUGCGGCAUCGGCCGUCCCGACCCCGCCGACACCGUGGACACGGACUUUCUGGAGGCGGUCAAGAGACACAUACUGAGCAAAUUACAGAUGAGAGAGAGACCCAACAUCACGCACCCGAUUCCCAAAGCGGCCAUGGUCACUGCGCUGAGGAAGCUCCACGCAGGCAAAUUGCGUGAGGACGGGAGACUCGAGAUCCCCAACCUGGAUGGACACGCUGCUUACAGCAACGAGGCGCAGGAGGAGACCUCCGAGAUCAUCAGCUUCGCCGAGUCAGAUGACCCAACAUUACUGAAGUCCAGCCUUUACUUCCUGAUCUCCAACGAGGGCAAUCAGAACUUGUUUGUUCUUCAGGCCACCCUAUGGCUCUACUUCAAGCUUCUGCCCUCCGGUCUGGAGAAAGGUGUGCGCCGAAAGGUGACGGUGAGAUUGUACUACAAGGACCCGGGUGGCCAGGAUAGAUGGGUUGAAAAGCGACUGGAGUUGAAGCGCAGUGGCUGGCAUACGUUCCCUAUGUCAGAGACGGUCAGGACAGCCUUGGGGAAAGGCGGUCGGCGGCAGGACUUGGAUGUGCAUUGCGAGGGUUGCGAGGUCGCAAACGUAGUGCCUGUUCUCGUAGACACGGGGGAUCCUUCUCACCGACCUUUCCUGGUUGUGCGGGCACGUCAGGCUGAGGGGAAACACCGCAUCCAAAAGCGUGGCCUAGAAUGCGACGGCAGCAACGGCGGACUGUGCUGCAGACAGCAGUUCUACAUCGAUUUCAGACUCAUAGGCUGGAACGACUGGAUCAUUGCACCUGCCGGCUACUAUGGCAACUAUUGCGAUGGCAGCUGUCCCGCUUACAUGGCAGGUGUGCCAGGCUCCGCCUCUUCUUUCCACACAGCGGUAGUGAAUCAGUACCGGAUGCGUGGCAUUACCCCAGGCUCUGUCAAUUCCUGUUGCAUUCCCACCAAGCUGAGUACCAUGUCCAUGCUCUAUUUUGACGACGAGUACAACAUCGUCAAACGGGACGUCCCGAACAUGAUCGUCGAGGAAUGCGGCUGCGCCUGAGGAUAGAACUACAGAAUGCAAUUCGGGACACUACAAACAAGUUAUGAUCCAUGUGUACCACAUGCAUUUCAAUACAUGUUAUUAUAUGUAUAUCAGAUUGUACAAUCACACACUGAUGUGUGAGCAUGGAGCAGUGGUGAGCAUCAGAUACACAGCAAUUAUAUUCCGUUCUAUGAACGC